AUGGGCAACAGGCCGUCGUCGCGUCGCCCAGGCCCGACGAUCGAGACGUCGACCACCGAGUCGAUCACCACCGACUCGUACGUCUCUGCGAUGCCACCGGCGCGCCUCCGAGCCCUCGACCCGACCGCCAUCGUCACGACCAAGAGCCUACGACCCAACAUGGACGCGGCAACCCUCGACGGCAAGACGUCCAUCGUGCUCAAGCGCUACGGAGUGGGGCGGUCCAAGCACUUGGCGCACGAAGCCAGCGUCCUCUCACG